CUUGAGGGCUGUAGUGUGGGAAGCCAGCGCGGCUGGGAUGCACACCUGCUAGGCCAGGGAGGCGUGGGUCUGCCGAGUGUGUACACACACGCGUGGAUCCCGGCCAAAGGCAGCGUGAGUGCCGUGGGCCCUAGGGCCACUCUGGGUGUGCAAGGGACGCUGGGAGACCACCCACAAGGGGACGAGGCCCCAAGAUGGGCGCCCCACGUGGGCUGCUGGCCAGCCUCCUGUUGGCUUUGCACAUCUCAGCACUGGGCUCCGCCUCGCACGAGGUGCCAGUGGUCAGCGCCGCCGAGGGGCAGGACGUGGUCUUGGACCUCCAGGGCUUCGCGUGGCGCGAUGACGUGGCAGAGGUCCUGUGGGAGAAGGAGGGCACCCUGGUGGCACAGCGCAAGGGGGAGCAGGUGGUCGGGUGGCGGCAGGCCUACGAGGUCCUGCGCCACGGCGGCCUGAGGAUCCGGCAGCUCUUCGCCAACCACAGCGCCGUCUACAAAGUCCUCCUGUACGACGUGCACGGGGCCCAGGUGUUCCAUGCGGCCGUCCGCCUUCGAGUCCUGAAGAAGGUCUCCAAGCCCACGAUCUCCUGGGACUGCAGCAACGCCACGCUGACCUGUGAGUUACUGAGAGGGACCGACGCCCAGUUAAAGCUGUGUCAAAAGCAGAAAUGUUACUACACAGACACCCAGGCGCUCAUCCAGUACACCUGGGCCAACCUGGAUGCGCCGUUCAAGUGCACAGCACGCAACAGCGUCAGCGAGGAGGCCAUGGAGGCCACGGUCCGCUGCCCAGCCACAGACCACACCUACACGGAAGUGCCCUUCCCCGGUCUCCUGCCUGGGCACCCUCUGCGGAAGUCCGGGAUUUGGCCUCACGCAGACAGAGCUCGGUUCAUCUGCCUCGUGGGGGGCAUCGGCGGGGGAGGCCUUGUCCUGGCCAUCUGUGUGGGGCUGCUGAUCCUCUGUGUCAGCAAGAGGAGGAAGCGGAGGAGCAGGAGGAAUGAGGAGCAGCUGGAGAUGAUUGUGCACAGGACCACGUCCCGGGAGGGAGGCCCUGGGCCUCGCCCGACCUCCUCCACCUCCCCUCCUCCCCGGGAAGCUUCCGGCCCACCUCUGCCCCCUGCACCCCGGCGCCAGGCCCCUCGUGCCCAGCCCCCGCUGCCUGACGUCCGUACCCAGCACCCGCAAAAGAAGAGGCCUCCGCCGUCGAGCAUGCAGGCACCCCGGCAGAGAGGCCCUCCUCCACCCAGACCUCGAGUUCAACCAGAACCCCCACGCCGGGCCGCAGAGGGUGCCACGGCCGCCUCGUCCCCGUGAAGGACGCGGGCGGUGUGGCCUCGCUAGGCCUGCCCGUCCACCAGCGCGAGGUGUGCGGGACAGAGUCCUCACACGCAGCUACGAGUGAGAUCUGAGUGUCCGCACGGCCUGCACCCCAGGAGGAGAGGAGCAGUGAAGUAUAACCCACGUGUCCAUGGUGAGCAGCUGAGCACCACCUUCCUCCUGGGUCUGGGUCCUUAGUGGAUGCCACGCUGGGUGGCCCAUCCCCUCGGGGCCAUGUCUCCCACAGGCCGCAGGGGCUUCAGGGAGGACACAGGUCCCUGACCCUCUGUGGUGACUUGGCCCCGAGUCUGCCCACACAGGGAGCCCCGUGCCCAGGCAAGGCAGAUGUGCCCCCCCCCCCCAGCCCUAGAGGCAUAGCUGGGCAGGGCGGACCUCCAUGAACAUGCCUGACCUCUGGGCCUUCCCUUCCUGGACUCCUCAUGGAGUCCGGAUCCCUGUGGGAGAGGAGGGACAGCGCUGCUGAAGUCCACGAGCAGUGGCCGCCCGCAGGUCCCGGCCCUCCAGCCGCAGUGGUGGGUCGGCCGCCCCCACCGCCUCCUCCCCUUGCUUUUGGGGGUUGGUAAACCUUGUAAAGCCCGGGCAGGAAGUUGGGGGAUAAACCAAAACCACCCAGUGCAGUCAGGACUUCCUGUAGUGCUGGCUGAGGGCGGGACGGCUUCAUGCUUCAAGUCUGGGCAUUUGUUGUACGGCUGAUCACCAGGGCGAUGGUGACGGGAAGCAUCUGGGAAACUGAGGCUGGGCACCAGAGGGCUGGUGGUCAAGUUGCUCAUCACCAAGGGCUGGUCACACUUGGGAGUUUUAGAGAUAAUGAAUUCUCCUAAGAAAAAUAAAAAGUAGUGGCCAAGUGAACUAGUCCCGGCUCGGAAAAUCUCCAAGAAAGCCAAGCGUGUUGGAAAAAACUGUCUACCAGGCUCACAGGGUUGGA